ACGUCGUAGGGGGCGGGGCGUCGGGCGAGGUUUCCUCGGCGACCGCGGCGGCCCGGAGCGCUCGGGGCGCGCGCCGGCUUUGCAGCCAUGGGGACGCCUCCGGGCCUGCAGGCCGACUGCGAGGCGCUGCUCAGCCGCUUCCAGGAGACGGACAGCGUGCGCUUCGAGGACUUCACGGAGCUCUGGAGGAGCAUGAAGUUCGGCACCAUCUUCUGUGGUAAAAUGAGAAAUUUAGAAAAGAACACGUUUACAAAAGAAGCUUUAGCUUUGGCUUGGCGAUAUUUUUUACCUCCAUACACCUUCCAGAUCAGAGUUGGUGCUUUGUAUCUGCUGUAUGGGUUAUAUAACACGCAACUGUGUCAACCAAAACAAAAGAUUAGAGUUGCCCUGAAGGAUUGGGAUGAAGUUUUAAAAUUUCAACAAGAUUUGAUAAAUGCACAACAUUUUGAUGCAGCCUAUAUUUUUAGGAAGCUCCGAGUUGACAAAGCAUUUCACUUUACAGCAAUGCCCAAAUUGCUGUCAUACAGAAUGAAGAAAAAAAUUCAGCGAGCUGAAAUUACGGAAGAAUUUAAGGACCCAAAUGAUCGUGUAAUGAAACUUAUCACUUCUGAUGUCUUAGAGGAAAUGCUGAAUGUUCAUGAUCAUUAUCAGAACAUGAAACAUGUAAUUUCAACUGAUAAAGCCAUUCCAGACAAAACCCUCAGCUUGGUAAAGGAUGAUUUUUUUGAUAAUAUUAAGAACAUAGUUUUGGAGCAUCAGCAGUGGCACAAAGAGAGGAAGAAUCCAUCCUUAAAAUCAAAAGUUAAAGAUGGAGAAGAAAAGAAGGAAGAAAAUUCACAAGAAUCAGAGAGAUGUGAAAGGGCAGAAUCAUUAGCAAAAAUAAAAUCGAAGGCCUUUUCAGUUGUUGUUCAGGCUUCCAAGUCAAGAAGGCAUCGUCAAGUCAAACUUGACUCUUCUGACUCUGACUCUGCCUCUGGUCAAGGACAAAUCAAAGCAACCAGGAAAAAAAGAAACAAAGAAACAUUGAAACCAGUAGGAAGGAAGAUGUCUUCCAGAAAAAGAGAUGGCAUACAGAAUGUACCUAAGGAAGAUAAAUGUUUGAGUCUGAGUAUGCCUGUAAUUACAGAAGAGGAUGGGGAGAAUGGAAGUCAUAGCGAAACAGAGGUCACUGCACCCAAGAGGAAAAGAAAACUCAGAACAAAGAGGCUGGUGUAGAGUUUGUAAUUUUGAGCUUUCUGACAGAAGAAAAGAGUUAUAUUUUGUGUAUUGAACAGGAAGUCUGCUGUUAUUAAAAAUAAUCCUCCUGGGAAACUAGGUUGUUUCUUUGAAAUGGCAGUACUUGAACAGAGUUCUAGACUAAAAAUACAAACACAGUAAGCAUUUACUCAAAUUUAUUUUUAACACAUUUCUUUUAUGAAGUCUGCAUAAGUGAUUUAGAAUGUAAUAGAAGUAAUCCUGUUAUUUGCAGAUUUUUAAUAUUUCCUACAACUUUUGUGAUAUUAUACUAUGUUAGUACAGUUUCGGUAAUAUUAUAUUUAAAAUCUCUUUUCUUGAAGUAUUAAUG